GUUCAAAGGUCGGUAGCGGUGGUGUAGCCGGCUACAGUGAAACCAAUGUUGAUCGCAGAGAACGUCUACGCAAAUUAGCCCUCGAGACAAUAGAUCUCAAUAAAGAUCCCUACUUUAUGAAAAAUCAUUUGGGUUCAUACGAAUGCAAGCUAUGCUUAACACUUCAUACUAAUGAGGGUAGCUAUUUGGCUCACACACAAGGAAAGAAACAUCAGACUAACCUUGCGCGGAGAGCUGCAAGAGAUGCCAAGGAGAACAACAACAUUCAACCGGCAUUAUCAGCGGCACAGAAAAUUCAGGUGAAAAAGAACUUGGUCAAGAUAGGUCGACCUGGGUAUAAAGUUACCAAAGUACGAGAUCCUAUUACAAGACAACUUGGGCUGCUUUUUCAAAUCCAGUAUCCUGAGAUUGGCAUAGAUGUGACGCCACGCCAUCGAUUCAUGUCUGCUUAUGAACAGCGAAUUGAGCCUCCUAACAAAGCACAUCAGUACCUUCUCUUUGCUGCUGAACCGUAUGAGACUAUUUCUUUUAAAGUGCAGAGUAAGGAGGUUGAUAAAGGUGAAGGUAAGUUCUUCACUCAUUGGGACCCUGAUUCGAAACAGUUCUCGUUACAGUUCUUCUUCAAGAAUGAUCGAUCUGGUGGAUAUGCUGAAGGAAUACCACCAGGCGUAGAGAGAGCUCCAAUUGCAAAUCCAUUGAAUCCUUAUGCAGCGCCUGCUAUGCGUGGGCCUACUUAUGUUCACGGAUAG